GGCGCCCACCCAAAUCUGUCCUCCAGCAACCAGUAGACAGUCAGUGUAGUAGAGUAGGUUCACAGAAGAGCGUCGCGCCGCCGUCGAGAGCGAGAGCGCGUUGUUCACCAUCCAGAGCCGCGAGAGGAAGUGCGUUAGGAAGGUCUCGACGAAUAGAACAGUUUAGGAUUUUUCCCAACUUUUCCUCCUGUUUUCUCUUACUUGGAUUUUCAAUCUAUACACUUUUGACCCUGGCUAUCAGGCAGUCGGAUAAAGUUUCGCGUGGAAAUUGGGUGAUUUUUCCAGCUAUUGGACCCUCGGAGCAGUGAAUUUCAAAGUGAAUAUGAGUGAUACGCCGUGAUAUCGAACAGGAUUUUGGGCGGAAAGGCGUUUGUGCGAAGUGUGCGGUGCUCAAACAGGAACAAUGUGAAAAGUAGCAGCCGUGUAGGUCCACAAGUGUUUCCAAUUUCACUCCAAUUUUCACACUUUUCUGAGCACCAUACACCCUCUAUUAGCAUUCUUUGGCAUCGGCGUGCAUAGCUUUACGACCUUUCAAGUGCAAUAAUCGCUUAAAACCACCAACGAUCGAAGUGGUGCACUGCAAAAGUGAAAAAAAAACCACGACCAUCAUUUUUCAUCUCGGCGAAGCUCUACAAGGGAAAAAUGAAUCACAAAUCUCCAUGAUGGAUGUAUUGCCAGCAGUCAUCAGCAUCGACGUCGUUGUCAUUGGAUAGAGGCAAGGAAAAAGAGCGACUGCGGAAGGAAGCAAGGAAGGGUAGUAGCAUCGGCAGCAGCAGUCAGACAAACCAAACGACGGAGGUGGAGGGAACUUUGGCACCACCGCGCGCGCUGUGAUAUGGCGAGCAGCAAUUUUCAGCGCUAAUCGAGCAUCGUAAGGAAUUUCCGCUCAUUUCGCUAUAAUUUGAGCUUAUUGCUAGCUAGUGGAAACGACGUCCGAUAUACCACCGGUCACCAGGUUGCAAACACAUCUUGCAUGCAUGCGGGAUGAAUUCCGGCAGCGAGGAGAGGCUAGUGAGGAAAAUAUACAGCCCGUAAAGGGCAGAACCCAGUUGUGGAUCGGUACCAUCGAUGGGACGAUGGUAACUAUGACUACGGAGAUCGACAAGGACAAGGCCGUAUCGAUAAUCGUUCCGAAGAAAAUGGCAACCCAAGAGAAGGACAAGGACAAAGAGCGGGAAAAGGACAAAGACAAGGACAAGGACAAAAAUGCAAUAAGCAACGCCUGUAGUAGCAGCGCGGCGGGUGUCAGUGGGACCAGCGCUGGCAGCUCAGGGGUGGUCCCGUCCGGUGGAAACCGCGGUAGCCAGUCGCAUAGCACGCAGGUUGUCAUGAAUCAGGAUGCACCGAAUAUUUUAGUUUAUAAAAAGAUGGAGGGGAUAGUGGAGCGCAUGCAAAGUGAAGAGGGUGGUGUCUCGGUGCGUACAAUCAAAGCAUUCAUGAGCAAAGUACCGUCCGUAUUCACCGGGUCGGAUUUGAUUGCGUGGAUCAUAAAGAAUCUCAAAAUCGAAGACGUUGCGGAAGCACUGCACAUUGCGCAUCUACUUGCAUCCCACGGGUACCUGUUUCCGAUUGACGACCACCAGCUAACGGUGAAGAACGAUGGGACGUUCUACCGAUUUCAGACGCCGUACUUUUGGCCAUCGAACUGUUGGGAACCGGAGAACACCGAUUAUGCGGUGUACCUGUGCAAGCGAACAAUGCAGAACAAGACCCGCUUGGAACUGGCGGAUUACGAAGCGGAAAAUUUGGCCAAACUCCAGAAGAUGUUCUCGCGCAAGUGGGAGUUUAUCUUCAUGCAGGCAGAAGCCCAGAGCAAGGUGGACAAGAAGCGUGAUAAACUGGAACGAAAGGUGCUCGACUCUCAAGAGCGCGCAUUCUGGGAUGUACACCGUCCGAUGCCCGGUUGUGUCAACACCACCGAGGUAGAUAUUAAGAAGGCGUACCGCCGUGGUGCCUCCACGCACGGCUCAGGCUCAUCCGGCGCGGCCGUCAAUAGCAAUCCAAUCGAGCAACUCACUAGACAAAUUAAGCUCUUGAAACUCAAAUUAGAACGUAGAACCAUAAAGAUCUCCAAAGUAGCCGAAUCUUAUAUAUCAUAUUUCGAACAAUAUAACGAAUACGAUUAUUUUCUCACAACACCUGAUCAGCCAAAUCCUUGGAUAACGGACAAUAUUGAAAUGUGGGAUACUGAUCGAACUGCCAAAGAUGUAUCUCUCAAACGCGUGAAACGAUGGGGCUUCAGCUUACGAGAACUGCUGAUUGAUCCAGUGGGAAGAGAACAGUUUUCCAAAUUUUUGGAUAAGGAAUUUAGCGGAGAAAAUUUGAAAUUUUGGGAAUCGGUCCAGAGCAUGAAAGCUCAACCCCAAUCGAAGGUGAAGGAAGCUGCCCACGCAAUCUAUUUGGAGUUUCUCGCCCCGGAUGCACCCUGUCCGGUGAACGUUGAUUCGAAAUCGAUGGAACUGGCCCGGGAGGCGGUGAGCAGUUCGGCACCCCCGAAUCGGUGGUGUUUCGAUGUGGCCGCUGCCCACGUGUACCAUCUGAUGAAGAGUGACUCAUACUCGCGGUAUCUUCGGUCCGACAUGUACAAAGAAUAUCUCAAUGGGUCCAAAAAGAAGAACAAGUCCAUACCAAACCUGUUCGGCGUGAAACGUUAAAUGUUGGAAGCAAACUUGAGGGUGUGCUCCGAGAAAUGAACGUUUUUAGCGCGAACAUCGGCAGUGGACCGCACGAAACCAGAAGCAAAUCGACCGUUUUUAAAAUCAGGUUAUACAAAAAAAAAUGAUGCCCAUUGAAUUGAACUGUAGAUUUACUAGUCAGUAAGACAAGCAAGUUAAGACAUUGUGUAAAAUCAAAACCAAAACCAAAAAACAAAACGUAAGGAAUUGUUGAAUAUACUUCAAAGUUAGUGUGAUCUGCCGGAAUCUACGUGGUUCCUUGUCAUGAAAAUACAUUGUGUAAUACAAUUAUCCACGAAAAUAUUAUUCACCUUGGAAAACGACUUUAAACCAAAUGCGAGAAUAUUCUGCUGAAUAAAAUGCUCAGAUGGAGCAUCCAAAGAAGCAUGGGAAUAUUAUUGAGAGUCCGAGGCAAAUAUAUAUUAUAUAGAUGACGAAGUGUCA